AUUGAUGGCACCAGCAAGAUCACUGUGGCAAACUUCUCGGUGCUCGCAGCUCCGAACGUGUGCACAAUACCCGCCACGGAACAUCGAGGCAUCUCCCUGGUUCAGCUGGACUGUCUGUUAACCUUCCUGCAGGACAUGGCUGCCCACUGGGUGGAGACCUUUGGCCCCCAGAGGGGCUGUGGCUUGCAAUACGCCACGUUCAACUUGUAUCAUGCAGCCUUCUGGGUAAUUGGCCCAGCGACUGCUGACUACGGAGGCCAUGGACGAGGAUGCAGCUAUGUCGAGAUGGUCGCAAAAUCAGCUGAGGCUCAACGCCCCACAUGGUUCGUAUCGCAUCCCUGGAGCGAGCCUGUGCCAAACUUCGUGACUUGUCUCAGGAAGCAUGCGGCAGUGCGGGGCCUGCCAUGCAGCACAUCCUAUUGGAUUUGCGCAUACGCAAAUAAUCAGCACGAGCUGGAGCAGGAAAUCUCAGACGAUCCCUGCAAAACAUCCUUCUACAAGGCGAUGAAGCUUUGCUGCGGAGUCGUCUUGAUCCUGGACGUGGAUACGACGGCUUUGACAAGGAUCUGGUGUUGCUUCGAGGAAAGCGUAGUCGCGGAGCGUGAUUCGCAGGAGCCUAUGCUGCUGGAUAUCGCCACCGCCCGCUGUGCGGAGGCCCAUGUCGUGACGGAUGGCUCCUUGGUUGCGGAUAUGGAGCAAGGAAGAGAAUUGUCUUCUGUCUCUUCGUGA